CCAGUCAGACCGCCGCAGCCGCGAGUCGAACUGCAUGUGAGCUGGACAAGCUGCGGCUACUCUGCUCCGCUCCUCACCGACGGCAACAACAACGUCUCUGAAUAACAUAUAUUCAUCUCCCAGGUUAAAAGAAAAAACACUAAUUGUUUCUCCCUGUUUUACUGAACAGCCCUCAUCAUGUCUAAAGGUACAGUGGUUCUGGCCUACAGCGGUGGACUGGACACGUCAUGUAUUCUGGUUUGGCUGAAGGAACAGGGCUACGAUGUCAUCACAUACUUGGCCAACAUUGGGCAAGAUGAAGAUUUUGAAGCUGCCCGGAAAAAGGCAGAAAGCCUUGGUGCAAAGAAGGUUUUCAUUGAGGACCUGCGUGCAGAGUUUGUGGAGGAUUUCAUCUGGCCCGCAGUUCAGGCCAAUGCUGUGUAUGAGGACCGGUACCUGAUGGGCACUGCGGUAGCACGCCCCUGCAUCGGCCGCCGUCAGGUUGAAAUUGCACGCAGGGAGGGUGCCCAGUUUGUCUCCCAUGGUGCCACAGGAAAGGGCAAUGACCAGAUACGUUUUGAGCUCACAUGCUACGCCCUCUACCCCGAGGUUAAGAUCAUUGCACCGUGGAGGAUCCCUGAGUUCUACAACCGCUUCCGGGGAAGAAUAGACCUGAUGGAAUAUGCACAGAAACAUGGCAUCCCUGUUCCUGUCACUCCUCGGGCACCCUGGAGCAUGGACGCCAACCUCAUGCAUAUAAGCUACGAGUCUGGCAUCCUUGAGGAUCCCAAGAGCCAUGCUCCAGAUGACCUGUACCUGAUGACCAAGAACCCAGAAGAUUCUCCCAGCACCCCUGACCUACUGGAGAUAGAGUUCAAAAACGGAGUGCCUGUCAAGGUGACCAACGUCAAGGAAGGCAUAUCCAAAGACUCACCACUUGAUAUCUUCUCAUACCUUAAUGAGAUUGGAGGAAAGCACGGUGUGGGCCGGAUUGACAUCGUAGAGAACCGUUUCAUUGGGAUGAAGUCCAGAGGGAUUUAUGAAACCCCAGGAGGCACCAUCCUGUUAAAGGCCCAUUUAGACAUUGAGACGUUUACCAUGGACAAAGAGGUGCGGCGGAUCAAACAGGGACUGGGUAUCAGGUUCUCUGAACUUGUCUAUAACGGUUUCUGGUACAGUCCAGAGUGUGAUUUUGUGCGUCAUUGCAUAGCCAAGUCCCAGGAGAAUGUGGAAGGCAAAGUACAGCUGUCUGUCUUCAAGGGUCAUGUCUACAUCCUGGGACGAGAGUCACCCAAGUCCCUUUACAAUGAGGAGUUGGUCAGCAUGGAUGUUCAAGGAGACUACGAUCCAUGUGAUGCCUCUGGAUUCAUCAGGAUCAACGCUGUCAGGUUAAGGGAACACCAUCGUCUGCAGGGUCUCUCCAGCACCAAGCAGUAACUGUUGCAGUCCUGUGAGCCAUCUCUCUCCACUGUGUCUUAAGCAGUAGUAGGUUAGGCCUUGUGCCUCCAUUGUCUACCUUUUGCCUUAUUGUCUACUGUUAGUUAUUAGCAUUAGCACACCAGACUCUUGCCGUAAACACUUAGGGUUAGGGUUACUUUUGUGGUCAAGAGUGGAGGAAGACGAUCGAUCAACUGUAACAUCAUAACAAUAAAAAGAAUUCAGGUAUACAGAUACAGUGGAAGAAUAUUUUCAGAAAACUUAGUUCUUAAUAUCAGUAGAUCAAUACUUGAACUUACAUACAGUGCUGCUUGAAAGUAUGUGAACCUUCCAGACAUGGUCACUGUUUUUGUAAAAAUUUAACAGACAUCCAAAUCCUAAUUUGUAAAGCACACUUUCCAAAUACUUGACACACACACAAAAAUAGAUAUUUUUCCAUUAUGUAAUUCAACAAAUGUGGUUUAUUUCACAAACACUGAAAAUGUAACAUGUGCAAAAGUAUGUGAACCAUUCUAUUAGUAGCUUGUGGCUCCUCCUUUUGUAGCUAUUACUUCAACCAAACGUCUUCUGUAACCUCUAACCAGUCUCUCGCAUCUGCUUAUGGGGAUUUUUGCCCACUACUCCUUGCAGAACUCAGCCAGUUGAGAGAGGUUGGAGGGACAUCUGGCAUGUACCAUCUUCUUCAGGUCUCGCCACAACAUUUCAAUAGGAUUUAGAUCUGGACUUUGACUGGGCCAAUCCAGAGUACGAAUCCUCUUUCUCUGAAGCCAUUCCUUUGUAGUUUUGCUGGAAUGCUUCGGGUCAUUGUCUUGUUGCAUAAUCCAUUUUCGUCCCAGCUUCAACUGUUUGUCUGAUGGCAGGAGAUUCUGGUCAAGAAUUUGUUGAUAUGCCUGAGAAUUCAUGGUUCCUUGGAGUUGCCCAGUUCCAGAAGCAGAGAAGCAGCCCCAGACCUUCACAUUUCCACCACCAUGCUUCACUGUUGGGAGGAGGUUCUUUUCUUCAUUUGCAGUGUUGGCCUUUCUCCAAACAUGGCGGUUUUGAUUGUGGCCAAAUAUCUCUACUUUAGACUCAUCUGUCCAGAGAAUGGACUCCCAGAAGGCCUCUGGUUUGUCCAAGUGCUCUCUGGCAAAGUUGAAACGGGCAGCUUUGUUCUUUUUUGAGAGCAGAGGCUUCCUUCUAGCAACCCUCCCAUGAAUGCCAUGGCUAUUCAAUAUUCAUCUGAUCGUGGACGCAUGCACAUUUGUCCCAGAUGCUACCAGAGAGGUCUGCAACUCUGUAGAGGUGAUGUGUGGGUUGGCCUUUACCGGAUUUAUUAUUUUUCUGGUGGCUCUGGGUGAUAGUUUUGAUGGGCGCCCACUUCUAGGCAGAGUUGCUGUCAUGUUGAAGGCCCUCCAUUUGUAAAUUAUUUGUCUUACAGUCGAUGGAUUGAGCUGGAAUCUUUUGGAGAUGGUCUUAUAUCCCUCCCCAGACUGAUGGGCUGUCACUACCCUCUUCUUCAUGUCCUCGGAUAUCUCCUUUCCUGGUUGGUUUCCUCUCUCUUUUAAUUAGUGCAGGCCAAUCCCUUUCACAAGGAUGUCUCAUUUCAUUGGUCUACUGAAAUGAUUAAUUAAGCACUCACAUGUAUUUCACCUGAGUCUGUUACCUGCUUGACUUAACCCGUGCAGCUGGGGAUUCACUUACUAUUGCACAUACACUAGUUCCAUGUUUCAUGUAGUUUUUGGGCUACUUAAACAAGUUCCACUAAACAAGUACAAGCAAUUGAUGAAACAUAUAUCUGACAUUUCAUACAUAAAAACUGGUGAUGAUAAAAUAAGAAAAUCAUGGUAAACAACAGAAACAUCUGAACUGCUCUAGGUGUUCACAUAUUUUCAAGCAGCACUGUAUUUAGGAAUUGUUGGUUAUAGAAAUAAAAUAGAGUGAAUUGUG